UCUAGGUGGCACCUCCAGCCCGAUCGAUCAGUACGCGGCUGAAGCUAGCUAGGUACCGUCUGAUCGCCCGGCCCGGGAAACCCAGUGAAACGACAUGGCGGGCGGGCAAGAAUCGUCAGCCGUGGCGGCCGACUUGGACCCCGUGUACGAGUGGGUCGACGGCGACGGCAGCUAUCUCCUCCGCCUCAACCUCCCAGGGUUCAAGAAGGAGGACUUCCGGGUGCACGUGGACCCCGCGGGCCGGCUCAACAUCCUCGGCCACAAAACGGCGGAUGGCGGAGCUGGGAACGUGCGGCUGCACAAGGUGUUUCAGCUGCCAUCUACAUCCGACCUCGACGCAAUCACCGGCCGGUACGACGCCAACUUGCUCACGCUCACCGUGCCCAAGCUGCCUUCCGCCCCGGCCAAGGACGUCGGCGACAAACCAACGGAUGAGAAAUCCAAGGUUAUCCGGGAGGCGGAGCGGCUGAUCGAGGCGGCGAGGGCAAGGUUGCAGCUGGGGAGGCACAGAGAGGAGACGGCCAAGGAACCCCCGGCCACGAAAGUGGACGACAGGAAACAGGAGCCCAAGGCAACAGAAAAGGUGGUGAAAGGAGAUGAUGGUCAGGACCACAAGGAGAAGCUUGAGUAUGAGACGGCGACAGAGACGGAGACGCAGAGGGAGAAGAAAGGCUGCUGGAAGGAGCGGGCGGCGGAGGAGGGGUUCAAGUGGGCAGAUACCAUAGGUAAGAACAAGGAGGUGAUCGCCGCCACCGCCGUCGCCGCCUUCACGCUAGGCGUCUUCGUCUCCCAUAGGCUCUUCUCCAGAAACUGAAAAUCAUCAUCAUCACUGAAUGUAAAUGCAGCGUCCGUUGUGCUGAUGUGUGCGUGCACCUAACAAUACGAGCGGAUGUACGACCUAGCUGCCGAGAUAUAUACGUGAGGAAUAAAUUCUAAUGAUAC